CGUCAUUUCCUGCGCGGCGCCGGUUGGCGGCGGCGGCGUCUCCUCACGCGCCUUCCUUUUUCGGAUCUCGUCUUUCUCUUCUCAGCUUCAUUACAGGGAAAGGAAAGAUUUUUUUUAAAAAAAGGCGGGAGGGGGCUGGGAAGAGAGAAAUAUAUACAUCUAUUUCAGUUGGCAAGCGCGCUUUCCGAUUGGUCGUUGUGCGUGUGGCGUCACGCAAAGGGGCGAAGCGAUUGGCCGGCCGUCUUUUGACGUCGCCCACAGGCCGUUGGGAAGAGGGGGCGGGGCAGCCUUCGAUAAAGGCACGCGCGGUGUUGCGAUUGGCUAGCCGUGUUUGUGACGUCGACUGCCGGCCCGCAUCGUGGCUCCUGCUCUGAGGCUGGUCGGCGGCGCGCGUGGCUGGUGAGGAGACGCGGAGGCGGCGGGAAGGGGGAGAGAAAGGGUGGGGAGGGUCCCAAGGAGCGCGCCUGUGACUCAGGUGGAGAUUUAUGCAAAUAGAGUGGGGAAGCCAAAGAAGUCAGUUGGGACUGCUAGGCCUCUCCGACUUACAAAAAAGAAAACUCAUUUGCAUCUGCAAAUUUACUUUGAUGCUGACCGAGAAAGAUGGGGUCCUUGAAUGAAAACUCUAGCCGAUGGUAUAUUUAUUAGUCUCAUUUUUACUAUUUGUAAUUAAUUUUCUAUAUCGCCCUUCACCCAAAGACAAAAGGGCGGUUUACAACUGAAAUAUACUCAGAGUCGAGAGUGGAUUUCAUGCUCUUUAUUCAGCUCACAGUGGGGAGGAGGAAUGGAAGUUCCCCGAGGAUGUCUGCUUUAUAUACAUUAUUUACACAAUGGGCCCCACGUAAUUGGCUAAUUCCGGGAAUCUCCUGUAGGCCAAUCAGGUUGCGGAUUCAUAGGAACAAAUGAAAACGCAGACCCAUUGUAAAGGAAUGGAAAUUAUUAACUUGGAUCCAUUCAUUUCAGUGGGUUCAGCCUCCUAGUUAGGUACAACCCAUUUGAUUUCUUCCACCCCUUUGUCCCCUAUAAGGUGCCAGGGUAGUUCACAACAACACAAAAAUACAGAAUUAAGUAUCAUUUGGCACGAUUUCAAUACUUUAUAUAAGAGUUAACCUAUAUGAGUUGAGGACCCUUGGCCUACAAACCCAUCGCCUCCCCACCCCCGCCUGAAAAUAUUCUGUGCUCCAGAUGCUUUGGACUACAACUCCCAGCACCCCACCUGACCCAUGGCAAGGGAUGGUGGCAGUGGGAGCUUGCAUCAUCUAAAAGGCACCAGGUAGGUGAAGGCUGGUUUACUCCCUAAGCUUUCAGUCUUUCCCAGAUGCAACUGCUUUGAACUUGGUACCUUCUGCAUGGCUUUGUUGUCGUGAAGGCUGCAAUUUCUAUUUUCCUGAGCACUCCUAACAUUCCUCUUGUCUUUGAUCGCUAGAUGUACUAUGGAUUACCUUUCCAAGCCCGGUCUCUUCAGUAUAAUUGCUGGUGUUGCCUGUGGGGUAUGCCUGGGCUGGAGCAUUCGAGCCCGGUUCUUGCAACCAUCCAAAGCCAGAAUGACCCAGCUUGCCAAUGAACUGGGCAAUGAAGCCACUGUCAUGGGCGAAAGCGGCGAAUUCAAGAUGGUGAUUGUCGUCCGGAACGACCUGAAGAUGCAGAAGGGCAAAGUGGCAGCCCAGUGCUCCCAUGCGGCUGUCUCAGCCUACAAACAAAUCCAGCGCCGAAACCCUGAACUCCUGAAGCAGUGGGAGUAUUGCGGACAGCCCAAGGUGGUCCUCAAAGCUCCUGACGAGGAAACGCUGCUUCAGCUCCUGGGCGAGGCCAAAACGCUGGGCCUGACAGUGAGCUUAAUCCAAGAUGCAGGCCGUACGCAGAUAGCCCCGGGUUCCCGGACUGUCCUCGGCAUCGGACCGGGACCAGUGGAGGUUGUGGACAAAGUCUCUGGCCAUUUAAAACUUUACUGAAUACGGAGCAUCUAGCCCAGAGAUAAUGAUAUCAACUAUAGAUUUAAAGCAAACAACCCCUUAAAAACAAUGAUUAUUGAGCAGGAUCAUGGUUUAUUUUUCAUUGCCUUUCAGUAUUUGGAAUACAUAAAAAUGCAACAGGUUAUCUGUCCACGCUCUGCUUCUUUCUUGUCAGCUGGUUAAACAUGAUCCUUGAACUUACUGUCCCAGGAAAUUGUUGAUAGGAGGAAAAAAAUUAAGGACAUGUAUAGUAAGUACAGGGUGAAACCUGCUUCUCUGGGGCAGUCUGUGGAUUUAUUUAUUUUUUAAAUAGAGAGAGAAUUGGCUCUUUGAAAAUGGUCGGUCUGAAGGGACAGUUCUUAUGAAUAUGGACAUUGUUCCUGGGAUGAGGAACUUGUCACUCCUUAGGUUUUUCUGGACUCAAACUCCCAUCUGCCUCAUCCAGCACAACCAGUGGUUUGGGAUGAUGGGAGUUGUAGCCUCUGGUCAGCCACAGUUAGCCAGACCACCCUUGUUUUAAAGACUCAAAUCUGAGGUGAGGAAUGUAGAAGGUGGCCAUCCUACAGAGUUCUUUAGUUGUCAUUCACAUAUGCCUAAGUAUGAUCUGAAAAGAGUUAAAGGAUAUUCCAGCCGAGCAAAGACUUUGUCUGUGGCCUGGGGAGAGUUCCAAGGGUCAGAUGGAGAGCCCUGAAGGGCCGCAUUUAUUGUUGCUGUCUAGCAGCAGCAUCCUGAUAUUUGCAGCAGCGUAUCUUGCCUUCAUGACAAAACAAAAUCCAUCUGUUAGCUCAGUCUUCGAUUUCAAUGACUAGGGCAGCAAUGAAGCAGUAGCAGCACCUCUGCUGCUUGUAGCCGGACAAGAUUUUUAACUUGCCUUUUAUCACCCAUUAGAACAGCCCUCUGAAUUAGUAAAAUGCAAGCAAGGAAAAACUGCAGGUUCUUAACCUUUGGGGGCUUAGCAGCAAUGCUGUGUUAAGUGACUUGUGAGUGGAUCUUUAGCAACAGAGCAUGAAGAGCAACCAGAGCCAUAGGCCAGGACUGUUGUUCCCCGACUGCUAGGAGGGCCCUAAUUUCCCUGGAAGUAAACCGGAGGCACAUUUCUACAGUCAUUUCUACACUUGUCUUCAUCUUCUCCUGGAAGAAAUGAAGCACACUUCCUCCUCCACAGCUGCGGGCUCUUCAUAUAGUAACAGAGCCAACCUUUGCAUAUUUUCAUGGAAGAAACCUCAAUGAUGCCCAGCUGGGCCUACCUCCAAAUCCUGGGGACUGUUGAUGAUGAUGCUGGGAAUUGUAGCUCUGGGAGUGGUAAGCUACAGUUCCCAAGAUUCUUUGGAGGAAGCUGUGUACUUUAAAUCCAUAGUGUGUACUCUGCCAGAGCAGUAGACCCAAACAACAUGGUGGAAUAAGUUUUCAAGGCCUGGCUGAUCCCAUUGUGGCAAGAUUUGGGAACUGGCAGCUCUAAGGCAAUGGUGGUGGGGGCUUUUCCAGCCUAGGGGCCACAUGCUUUCCCACAAGGGGAUUUCAGCUUAGUUCUUUCUCUGACACCCAAGCAAUCACUAUCUGGUAUACAAUACAGAAAAACCAUCUUAACCUAAAACCAAAAUUUAUAUAUAUAUAAAUACAGAGAUCAAGCAGGAACACGCAAACAUAUGGACAGGCAGGUUUUCAAUGGCUAAUAUAGUGUCAGCUGGAAUUAGUGGGAAACGGUGUUUCAGAUAUGGGGUGUCACUCUAGAAAAGGCCUUGUCAGACACAUCUCUGCUAAUCUAUGCCCAGAAGAGGAACAUUAAGAGUUAACACAUAAAGCACAUUAAGUCACUGUACUUGCCUGGCUCAUGUGCUCAAGCCAGAAAAGCAAGUUGCUUUUUGGCAUGAAAGAGGAUUUAUUCAACCAUGCAGGCAAAGAGCUGAAUCAAGGGUGGAGUUAGGCUUUGAACUGGCAGUAGGGUAGGAUGUAGCAGUGCAACUCCCCCCCCCAGUUAAAUGUACAGCUGUUACUUGGGAAAAUACUAAUACUGUGACUAUGAAUCCAAAACUAUCUGUAUUAUCUCCAGGGACACCCUAACGAGUUAAUUAGCCACAAAGGCCAGGAUAACUUUGCUAUGAUAGUUUCUUGCAAGUGACUCUGCCUCAUUGUAUUAUUGGAAAUCAAUUAAAGUUCUCCUUUUUUAAAACAAAACAAAACACCAUCUCAGCAGUGCUGAGUACAAGAUCAAUGUGCUGGUGUAAGAAUGCUGCCCCAAUUUCACGUACACUUAGCUCUGAUUAUCACUAACUGCAAUGUUUGCGUUUUGUUGCUACUGAAGUUCCACCUUACAAUUGCCCCCUUUUAUAAUACCUUCCAACUGAGAUUUCACUUCAUGCCUCUGCCAAAAUGGGAUUUAGUCCAUGAUGAAAUUUGAGCCAAAAUAAGUUUGUUAGCCUUUGAUUUAAAAAGUAACCACAAAAGCCAAACUCUUAAUUAUUCCAUCUUGCCACUUCCAUUGGAUGGCAGCAGCUCGAGGGUAGACAGUUUCACCAUCAAUCAGUUUGAAAUCAUGGAGAGUCACUACAUGUCAGCAUACUAGACAGUACUGCCGUGUGUGUGUGUGUCACAGAACUUUCCCCCCGUAUAUGUGUGUGUGUAUAAAGUAGAGCCCUGGAAGGAUGGAGAGGGUAGCUUCUAACCCUAACCCUUCUCCAUUCCCAAAUGAGAAUAGUGUCUAUACAUUUUGCCUCAUAUCUCAAGUUCUACAAAUGCUAUAAACUUGCUUUUUUAAAGAAAAAGCUGGAAAUCUUGGGAUUGUGGUCUAUGCUUGGGAAGCGGACACAGCCCCCUUCUCCACCCCUGCUCUCUCGUGGACAUCCAUGGCUAGAGGGCCAAUGAUCUGACGCAGGUUCAGAACUCAAGCCUUUUUAUAUGGUACCAUGAGGACUAGAAUCUUGCUUUGUUUCUAAGGGAAAGGCCGCAGGUCUGUGAUAUAGACUACCUGCAUUUACAUGCUUCUAGGUUGCAGCCUUUCAGGUGCACAUGGGGGAAUAAGCAGAUCAACUUCAAAAACAAAGAGCUGUUCUGUUAGCAACUGCCGCUCCUUGAAAUAUCUAUGCAAGAGCGCAAGUGAUGCAACAGCAUGCAAGUGGCAUGUUGUGAUUGCACCUUCGCAGCCUGUGAUCAAUGCCUGUUUAUAAAAUGAUGGCGAAACAUGAGCAGAUGCUGCCCUCUGGUGGACAUUUCAUCCAACAGCCCAAAACAACUGUCUGUGUGUGUUGCAGAAUUUUAAUUUCAUUCCUUGUUAAAAAUACCCCAGCAUACUUUAUUUGCAGAGCAAGUUGCAUAAUUAUGUGCAACUGUUAUGUUAUGUCAAAUAUAUUUUCAUAAUUUUAUGUCUGUUUUUAGUGCUAUCUGAUGCAUAUUUUAUUUGGGUUACUUAAAGCAGAGAUAGACAAAGAUGGUAGAUUCCUACCAUCACUGGUCUAGCAGAGGUGGGGAACUUGUGGUUCACCAGAUGUUGGAUUCUCAACUCCCACUUUUUCUAACCAUUGGUCACUCUAGUUCGGGUUAAUGGGACCUAGAGUCCAAAAACUGCUAGUCUUAAUACUUAAAUCAGCCAAGGCACACUCUAAGCUUCAAGUGAGGCUCUGGGGAAGCUCAGACACCACUCUUAUGGCACAGUAUGGGAGAAGUGUCUUAUUUUAAGCAUAAAAUCUAUUAAGGAUAUGGAGGAUUUGUAUUGUUUAUGGUGGAGUUCAAGGUGGUGGGCAAUUGUUCUUUUGAGGGGGGACGUUGCUGCUUUGUACAUUUUAAUAUAGGAGACGCUCAGCAAAACAUGCUUCCAAAAAUUAUGUGUGGUUCUAUUCAUACAGAACAGAGACUGACUUAAUCUUUGCUUGCUGGAGAACCUGAGAAUUGCAGUGUGUGUGCGUGCAAAGGAUUGUCUACUUCAGCCACUUCUUGGAGGGAAGCUGUAUUAACAUGACAACAGCAACAUGGUUGUUGUGUAGCACAGUUGCCAACCAGCAAAUAAUCUUAAGAUAUGUCUACUUUUGAGUAGAGCAGGGUGAGGAAAUGGAUAUGGCCAGUUGCAUCUGCCUUAAGUUCUGCUGAGUAGAGCCAUAGAAAGUAAUGGAGGGAAGUUAACCAUGCCUGUUAACUUUAAUGGGUCUGAGAACUUAUUUGAAAACAUACCUAUGGCAAGGUGGUGUUUUUGAAGAGUAAUCAAGGCACACUCAAGUGACCUUUACAACAAAAAGGCAGGCUUGCAGCUCUGGUAUAGACAGGAGUUUGGGUGGACUGAUACUGGUUAAGACCACCAAAAUGGAUUUGUUUCAGGGAAAAUAUGAGAUACAGGCAGCUUAUUUUUUGUAGUCUGUUCUUGUAGCCGCUGCACUGAGAACCCUGUAGGCAUUUUGUAAGUGGCUAUAUCAGGCUUUAUUUACUCUUGUCGCCUUUAAAAUGGCAAAAGCCAGAUUGUUACCUAUAUUGCAGUAAACCAAGACACGUGUUGCUUUGAUUCUCGUCAGCACCCACUCCUCCUAAAUAUCUGCUCCAGGACCUAACGAAGACCCAAUCCAGGACAGCCCAGCAAGUUGCGAGGUGGUUUGGUCACAUGCACCACCCCACCAUGUGCAGGCAGAAACUGGACUCUUCCAAGCCAACCAGCCUUGCCAAGCAAGUCUGGUCUUCCUCCAGCGGCUAGGUUCAUCAUUUUGUACAUGCAAACAUGACAGUAAUUCGAAGAGUGUUUGAACAUUGAAGUCAAUUUUAUUUUGAAGCUAAAUAUAUUAAGGCAACUUAACAUACCUAUAACAUGAUCUUUUUAUUUUUUUUAAUUUUUUGUCAGAUUUAACUGGAAACACUCAAAAACUACAACCCUAAAGAGGUUUUCAUCACCUGGUUAAAAGACGCUGUCGUUGGCCCAGCUGCAGCCACCUGUUGAAAAGUGCUAUCAUCUCUCCCCUUAUUCCAGUAUAUAGUCCCCAAACAUCUGCCUCACACACAUCUCUGUCUCUCUCUCACACAUAAUCUCUUCAGUGCAAAGUCACCUGCCAAUAUAGUCUGGUCUCCAUAGUAACAAUUUGGUAUUUUUGCUAAGUUGCUGGUCCCCUCUCCCGUCUGACCUUGAAAAGCACCAACCUUUCUGUGUUUUGCUUUUCAACCGAGCACAUACAUUGUAAAAAGGAGCUUGAAGAGAGAUGCAUACUGAAACACUACCAUAGAGCAUGUCCACAGUCCAGUAAUUUAUUAUUAUUUUUCCAAUUCGAGUCAUUUUUAAAUUGCACAAACAAAAAAAUUGAACAGCAAUUGGUUUUCUUUUCCCCCCUCCUGCUCUUCUGUUUGAAUUCUCUCUCUCUCUCUCUUUUCCCCCCUUCUCUCUUCUGUACACUCAGGAAAAAAAUAUUGAUCUUGAACACCACAAUAUCCAACAUACACGAACCGCAGGGCAGGGUUAGGUCAAGUACACGCACACUUGGAUUCAUGGUGCUCCCUCCUUGUUCCUCAAUGGAAAAUAAUAAAAAAAUGGUCCCCACAAGAAAAGCACAGGGUAUACAGUAGCACGACAGAAGGGUCAUCAUCCGUUUACGUAUGGAGUGAACACACACUAGCAUUUUCUCUAAGACUAAACUGGAAACCUGCAUAGGUUAAAAAGGGGGGGGGACUCUACUAGGUUUGCCGCUGUUGUUUUUUAAAUUCAGGAAAGGUUGUCUGUACUCAUGUCUUUUAUUUUUAAAGAGCUAAGCAAUCCAAGCGGGGUAGGAGAUGCCGGUUUAGUGUUCCAACUCCCAAAUACAAAUCCUUCUCUUGGUUUAAGCUUUUUCUGCCGCCACCCCCCCUCUUCAGAAUAUACGACGAGACUUUUAAAUGCAUUUUUUUUUCCUUAGAUAAGACGGUACAUAUUUGUAAAGCUGCUCACAUACACUGAACUUUAGAUUCGAUAGUAGAGUUUAAACGUUUACAGAGUGCAAAUUGGAAGAGUCACAAAGAGACCGGGGUUUAAUGUCAAGAAGCAAGUCUUGCAAAAAAAAAGAAACCAAAAAAGGGGGGGGGGAAGCCCACUCAAAUAUUCCCAUUUGGAAAGAAAAAAAAGAAAGUCCUUUCUAAGUGACAUGGAAUGUGGAAAAAAGAAGGAUUAUGCUUAAGUGGGACUGAAAAGGUUUGUGCUGGGGACGGGGAGAGAAACAAAAAUACAGUCCUUCAUAAAGUAAAGGUUAUAAGGGGCACAAAGCUUUUUCCCUGUCGAGCUGAAGUGGGACGGUGGAGUUUCAACAGCAAAUCGAUGCUAGCUCCAAACAGACUUGCUUUUCUUACAUGGUGUAUCCGAAACCGGGCUGAGGCUGCCCAUAGGGAGGGGCAGUGUAGCCGUAGCCAAAAGGUGCUUGUGGGGGGACUGCGACGCUGGGCCCAGCCGUCAACAUCAGCUGGGGCUGACCUAGGGGGGAAAGGAAGCGGGAAGAGGAAGAACGGUUAGUGAAAGAGUCAGCGCUCCAUUCAAUCCAUGUUCAUAAAAGGGGACAGCAUGAGAACCCCUACAAUUAAUUUUUAUUUCAUUUGUUUAAUCAGAACUACCAACUCAAAACAGUUUACAAAAAGCAAGCAAGCACUGUUAUGAAGAAGCAGCAUUCCUGGCUUCUAAAUUAUAUGUCUGUGUAGACUUGCUGAAAUAGAAGGCUUUAUAUACAGUAUUGUGUAUUAUGCCUAGUGAGGGUGUCUUGCCUAAUGUAGACAGGCAAGGAGUUCCACAACAGAGAUGCUGCCAGACGGAAAGGGGUUUUUCUCUCACAAGUGUGGAAAGCGCUCAAAGUGGCGCUUGUGAAAGGGCUGAGUGGGUAUAUUUGGGGCAAGGCAGCCCUUCAAGGAAACUGCCAUCAAUUCCAGCCAUCGUGAAUUAUCAGCAUAUACAGUGAAACCUUGGCUUUCGGACGUCUCCGUUGCUGAACGCUUCAGUUUUCGAACGGCGGAAACCCAGGAAUAAAUGCUUCCGUUUUCAAACACACCUCGGAAGUUGGAACGGCUUCCGCUGUGUGUAUAUGUUUUUCACAAUUUUCUCUACUGAAUUGGCAAACCACCCUUUGUGCCUUGGUUUUUGAAAGUUUUGGAAGUCGAACCAUCUUCUGGAACGGAUUGCAUUCAAAAACCGAGGUACCACUGUACCGGUAUUUAGCUGCUGAUGUAUCACAAUGUUGAAAACCAAGUAUCGCCGAGCCCUAGCACCUUCAGAGAGGGGAUGUGUCUCCUGAAAAUUGCUCCUCUUUCCUGCAAUCUUGUAAGACUGCUUCAUUAAUAGCAAAGUUUUAAAUUUAAAUCUGCUCAGUACCCUACAAAUAAGUUUAUUUGAUUAGAAUAAACUCAACAUGGCAGCUCUAGGUAUCUUCCAGAAGCGCACUGUACCAGGGCAGGGAACCUCAGGCCCAGGGGCCAAAAGAAUAUGGUCUCUGGCUGCCAGCUGCCAAACUUCCUUAAGUCCCGUUUUAGAACUAGCUGCUGCAAAGUGUGCCCAUUUCAUCCACCCAACUGCACAUUAAGCCGCAGGUCGUUACCAUAAACAAUGGGCUGUGUUUCCGUUGCCUGCUCUUCCUCUUUCCUCAGAGACUCUGAGGCGUCCAGCUUGUCCACCUAGGAAGACAGAAGAACCCCAAAGAAAUCAGGCAAGGCUGCGCUGCAGAAUCUCAACUCCCGUUUUGUUUUCUGGCAGAGAAGUGGAAAAGCCUUCAAGGGGCGUGGAACGCAGAGAAACGAGGUCGCUCCCAAAAUGAGGUUUCGGGGGCUGGGGGGCGUGGAGUUAACGUUGGGACUGUUACAAAGACCGCCUCAACUACAUUGGACAGCCGUUUGGAGAAAAGACGUCAAGGAGGUUCUGCCGAUAAACCUUCAGAACGGAGGGGAAAGCCUGACACCUACCGCCAAGUGGUUUUUCCAGUUAUUCAUUCCCCAAGCCUAGCCCGGACCUGUCAGGCUCAUUGUCUCUAGAGGCUGCACUUGGGGGAUCAAAUGACCACAUCCAGUAAUAGGUUUCUAGGCAAUUUGUCACACUGCCAUCCAACCGAUUUGCCACAUCCCCAGCUUGCAACGUGACCUGCAAUACCUGUCUAUUGAGCCUCUACAGGCCCCACCUGGACUCUACUACUGAGACACAGGUUUGGGUGACCUGAGCAGCACAGGCGCGUCUCUUUAAAAAGAACAGGGUUGCAACCAUUUGUUAAAAAGCAAAAGUCCGUCUGCCACCCAAGCUUCUUGCUUCUCCAUAACCUAUGGCUGCCUUUGACAACCUGAUGCUCCUUGAGUUCUAAGGGACUACAACUCCUACCAGCCCCGGCCAGCAGGAUGCGAGUUGGAGUUCGAAACUCCUGGUGGACACUCAGGUUGGCAGAGGCUGAUCACAUACAGGAGAAAACAACCUUUAUGAAGUGUGGGGGGAGACACAGCAGAGCACUGGAACUGCGCCAGGUUGGAGGAAGGUUCAGCGCCCUCCCACCUCACCCCAGUCUGAAUGAGGUGCCCAGGAUGGAGACAUUUUUUGUUCAGCAUCCAAAGGAUCACAGCAGAACCUCCCACUAAUCGGUGGAUCGCAGAAGGAUUAUAACGGGUGAGUCCUAACUCCAAUGCCACAAAUUACAAGACUAACUUCUAUGAUCUGGAAGUUACUCUUGGACCUGAGGAAGAUGCCUUCUAUCAGGUCAAACUGAAUGUCCAUCUGAGCACACACUGCCUCCUCUGACUGGCAGACGCUUUCGAAGGCCUUAGCCGGAGAGAUCUUAUCCUCACCUGUCACUACCUGAUCCUUUCUGGUUUCCCUUUUUAACGGGGAAUGCUGGGAACAGGUUCUACAUGCCAAGCAAGUGAUUUGCUACUGAGCUACGGCUCUCUCCUUACUGUUUAGUAAGACUGCUAAGAACUUAGGCCCUACUGGGUCAAGUUAAUGGCCCACCUAGUCCAGCAUCUUGUUCUCACUGCGGCCGACCAGAUGCCAGUGGGAAAGCCGCAAGCAGGAUUCAAGCACAAGAGCCCUCUACCAUCCUGCGGUUCCCAGCAAGUGAUAUUCAGAAGCACGGCUACCUCCAGCCGUGGAGGCAGAGCAGAGCCACUAUCACUGGGCUGGAAUCCAUCUCUAGAGUAAUAGGGUCAGGUAUGCAGUUUCCCCCACACCCCCUGGUUGGCUUCCCCACGAAACACAAGGGCGAUUAGGAGAACACACAAGGGGGCGGGGGGAACAAAUGUGGAGGGGGGGGGGAGAGGCAAACGAGAGCAUCCAGUCAACCUUUCUUAAGCUUCAUAGCCUGCUCUCUGGGCGGAUCGUGUUACCCCUACAAAAGUCAACACUGCUCC